GCCACUAGCGUGAGUGUGCGCUGUUCAGUUGAGAGAUGGCAAGAUGUGUGGCAGGUGGUGGCGGCUCUUGUCUCUGCUGCUUGUGAUUGCUCUACAGAUUUCACCUUUACGGUCUCACGAUUCCCGCACUUGCGACCAUGUUCACCCUAAAGAAGACGAGGUGAUCAGAGGGGUGCAUUUACCUCACAGCCGUCAUCAUAAGCGGUCGCUACAAGAGAUCAACCCGCAUGGCCGGCUGCGCAUCUCGCUGUCGUACGAUGAAUCUUUCUUCAGAUUACCCGAUGACAAGUACAAUCUUAUCCAUAACAUGGUGUUGCCAGAAGCCGUCAACUACUGGGAGCAGGCUCUCUCAGUCACCAACACUGCACCAGUAAUCAGACUCAACAGGAAGUGCGUGGACAGCCAAGUGUUCGUGAUCAACGGAGACCCUCACCUGUACUGCAACACGCAGUGCGAGGCCGUCACCAUGUGUGGGGAGGUGCGAGUGCCCGACGAGCAUCUCAACCGAUGUCGAGUGUGUAACCACUUCGGCCGGGACUGCCGUGUUGAGGGCGGGGAAGAAGACUCGCCAGGCAUCCCCGACGCAGACUUCGUCUUCUACAUCAGCGCCGUCGAGACGCAGCGAUGCAAGAAGGGCUUUACCGUCGCUUACGCCGCGCACUGUCAGCAGGAGGACAUGCUCGACCGACCCAUCGCAGGCCACGUGAACUUGUGCCCGUCAUCGAUCAGCGUGAAGAGACAGGAGGUCGAGACGCUGCUGUCCACCGUCAAGCACGAGAUCUUGCACGCGCUCGGCUUCUCUGUCUCCCUGUACGCCUUCUUCAGGGAUGACGACGGCCUGCCUCUCACCAACAGAACAGCCAACGGCAAGCCUGUCUUUAAUGAGCAGCUGCAGGCCCGGCAGUGGAGUGACCGCGUCAUCAGGCGCGUCGUGCGGCCGGACUGGCUGGUGCGCAGCGGCGUGGUGUCCAAGUCCGUCAAUAUGGUGGUCACCCCACGAGUUGUUGAGGAGGUCCAGCGUCACUUCAACUGCUCGACCCUUGAAGGCGCCGAGCUAGAAGACCAGGGAAGAGAAGGCACAGCUCUCACGCAUUGGGAGAAGAGACUGUUCGAGAACGAAGCCAUGACGGGAACGCACACCCAGAACCCCGUGUAUUCUCGCCUGACUCUCGCGUUACUGGAGGACACCGGCUGGUACACGGCAGACUACAGCCUCGCUCAGGAGCUGGCGUGGGGCAAAAACCUGGGCUGCUUCUUCGCCACUAAGAGCUGCCUUGACUGGAUGGAGCAGCGUUCCAUGCAAAAUCUUUCCCUGCAUCCGUUCUGCAAUAAAGUGAAGAGAGAUCCGCUACAGACAGAGUGCACCGACGACAGAAGCUCUGUGGCGCUCUGCAAUCUCGUUGAAUAUCCCACUGCCUUACCGGAGCGAUACCAGAACUUCCACGGCAUCCCUCAUGUGAGCGAGAAGCAGCUAAACCAUUAUGGAGGGUCCGUGACACUCGCCGACUACUGCCCCUACAUUCAAGAGUUCACGUGGAAGAGCCAAAACGUGGUCGUUAGAGGCUCCCAUUGCAACUUUCCCGAGAACAAUCCUGAACCUGAGCGGAAUUUUGCACUGGAGAACUACAGCGCGAAUUCGCUGUGCCUCUACCACGACCAGGAAUGGACGGAACGCACGUGUCAUCAGAUGCGUACGUGGCAGCACUGGGGCUCUGGCUGCUACGAGUAUAAGUGCAUGGACAGUCGCGUGCACAUAGUGGUCGCCAAUCACACCUUCACUUGCUACCAUGCGAAUCAAGUGAUCUCCAUUAAGGUAUUCGAGCAAGGAUGGCUUCACAUGGGUGGAGUUAUUUGUCCAGCUUGCGCGGAUGUCUGCAAGGGAGGUCAUAAAUUCUGCAGGCCCGACAAGUUACCGCCGCCUCACGUUGAUUACUACCGGGACCAACUGGUGUGUGGGGCCUAUGGCUCCAGUCCUUCAAUAUUUUUGCUCGUCGUCGCUCUGCUUUUCGUCGCAAGUUGGGCACAAAAUUCACCUUUUCCUGAGAAAAAUGAGAACAUUUUAAUUUGGGCAAUCCCAAGAACUUUUAUUCAAUUCUUUAUUAUAAAUCUCUCGCUUUUCACCUUUUUACUACAGAUAUGUUCCAGAUGUAGAUAUCUACUUUGGCAUCUAAGUCCUACGUAUUUUGUUUCUAAUAGUUAUUUUAUCCCUGUAAAGGGCAUUACGCAGAUGAAUUUUGAAAUUUUUAAAAAGUACGAAAAAUUAUACAUAGAGCAAAAUAUGCUGCAAAGGAGAUGAUGUAAUUUAUUUGUUCUAGUCACCAAUCUUUGCUGCAUUCGCGAAUCUAGUGUAUAGAUAGUGCCUUCAAUUAGGGAACAGAUUCGUCAAAAUACAAUCGUUCAUUCACGCAUUUGUCUAUCCAGCCGAUGUCUUGCCAUAAGCAUUAAUUUACUUAAUCGUGGGUUGUGAUAGCACGAGGACACUCAAUAAUCAUGAGCAUCGAUAUUACUCGUUGAUGAAUAAUGGAAUUGGUUUAAAAUCUGAAAUAUUUGAAUUAUUCUAUUAGGAUUAUCAAGUGCUAGAAUUAGCAAGACACUUAAUUUUAAUCGCUUAUCGUAAUUCAAAUAAAUGUAUAAUUUCUUCUAAUUCUAGUUCAAGCCAAUUUUAACAAAUUCAUACUCUUGCACCUCCGUAAAUAAAUAUAUAUUUCUAACGUCAAGUUUUU